CUCGCUCGCCGGCUAUAAAACUGGCGCCAAGGCCUGGAUACCGCAGUUUGCCGCUCUGUGACACUGCUGCCGUCCUCUUCCGCCGCCGCCGUCGUCGUCUUCGUCCGUAGAUCAGAGAGGGAGGAAGAAGAACCGAUCGAUGGCGUCCAACUACGUGGACACGACGGGCGAGGAGGGCAGGUUCCACGGCCCGCACAGCCACAGCAGCAGCACCACCCCGACGGGCGCCGCGGCGUCGCCGCGCCACAUGCGCCGCAGCUUCUCCUCCGCGUCCUCCGGGAGCCACAGCCACGGCGGCGGGGGCAAGUGCGUGUGCGCGCCCCCGACCCACGCCGGCUCCUUCAAGUGCCGGCUCCACCGCACCAACUCCCAGGGCCACGGCCACGGCCACGCGCACCCGUCCCCGCCGAUCUCCCCCGCCGCCGCCGCGCCCGCGCAGGGCGUCCCGUCCUCCGCCUCCUCCCGCACCGUCGAGGCCCAGUAAGUGACGCCGCCGCCGCCCGCGGAGCUGCUGUCGUCACCGAGGCGCAGGGAUACUUGUCGUGUCAGAAGAAGGGAGCCUAUUAGUAAUUCCCCUUGUUGUGAUCCGCGUUAUCGGAAGAAAUUUUUCUUCUUCUCUUCGCUUUUGCCUCUUUUUUUUUUCCCUGCUCGUUUCUGCGUGGGAUUCCCUGCUUUCGUGAUUCUGAAUCUCUGAUUGCCGGCCGCCGUGCCAUCCUCCUUGCCAAGAUGAGACUCCCCCAGGCUCCUCCCUGUCCCUGCUCCUGUCAACUGGUGAACUGGAUCCUUGAUUUGGGAGACGGUGAAACUGGAUGCCUAUGUAAUUAAUUGCCUCUCUUUACCAUUCUACUACUAUUUCAAGUAUGAUCACCC